AUGUUCUUGAAGUUGAGAAAACUAUCCUCCGCCUCUGUGAAGUCAGUCUCAGUAAACUUCAUCCGCAACUACAACGAAUGCCCUGUAAACUCAUGGAAUGCAGAUAUCGAAGCGGCGGGGGGCUUUUCUUGUACGGGUUCAGCAAACGAUGGUUCUGCGUUGAUUCUGGGCGCCUUUACGGACGAUAACUACGCUCUGUCCCAGACUAUCUGCUUGACUAAAGCCGCCGCUUUGUUCAACCACAACAUCAACGGAAAACUUGUAGAGAUGUUGAAAGCCUCAGGGCCCUUGCCUAACCUGGGGGAGAUGAGAGUGUUCCCUAAACUAGAACCUAUGUUCAGCGUAGUAGCUGUUGUGGGCCUCGGAGAUAACAACGCGGGUUACGAGAAGAAGGAACAGAGAGACGAAUCCAAAGAGAACAUCAGAAAAGCUGUAGGGGUCGCUUGUCGGUAUUUCCAGGGCAUCGAAGUCAACAAAAUAUUUGUUGAAGGAUUCGAAGAUCCGGAAUCUGCUGCAGAGGGAGCUUUCUUAGCGUUGUGGGAAUAUCAAAGUCUGAGGGCUCCGGACAGAAGAAACGUCAAAAUUCCGGAUGUGGUCAUGUACGGAGACUGUGACUGGAAAAAGUGGCGUAUCGGGCUGGAAAAAGCGGAAGCCCAGAAUUUUGCCCGCAAAUUGAUGGAGACUCCAGCAAAUCUGAUGACGCCUAGGGCGUUCGCGCAAAGUGUGGUGCAAGCGUUGUGCAAAACGAGUGUAAACGUAACUUUACGUGGAGAGACUUGGCUGAAGGAACACAACAUGAACGCCUUUCUCGCGAACACUAAGGGAUCGCCACAACCGCCAUUUUUGUUGGAGAUGACGUAUAACGGCUGUGACCCAGCGAUUCCUCCCAUCAUUCUGAUCGGCAAGGGGAUAACUUUCAACAGUGGUGGGUUGUGCUUAAAGACUUGCGAAGAAAUGAAGAACAUGAGAGGCGACAUGCAAGGAGCAGCGGUUGUGGUCGCGACGUUCAAAGCUCUCGCCAACCUCGGGCUGCCGAUAAACGUGAGAGGCCUGAUUCCACUCGGGGAGAACAUGCCCGGCGGAACUGCCGCGAGGCCGAGAGACAUCGUGAAGUCGACCAGCGGCAAGUCCAUUCUGAUCUCUCCGCGGGACUUCAACGGCAAUUUGAUGCUGGCCGAUACCUUGUGUUACGCUCAGCAGUUCAAACCCAAGUACAUCGUGACACUGGCUUCUCUGUCGAAGGAAGUUAAAACCGGCUUCAAUUUGACGGCUUCUGGGAUCUACACGCAGAAUGAAAAACUAUGGCAACUGCUGAAGACGUCCUCGAUCCACUCCGGCGACCGUUUGUGGAAGCUGCCCAUGUGGAACAUGUUUGAACGUGAAGUGAAGGAUUUCACCAGUGCAGACCUUUCGAUCCUGUCAAAGUACUUCAGACGUGGAAUCAGCGCCACCACCACUGCCUUACUCAAUCAGUUUGUCUGCAAACCGAACUGGGCGUUAAUCGAUACCCUCGGUACGAUGUUUGAAGACGGCAAGACAUCGUAUAUCAAGAAAGGAAUGUCAGGAAGACCGACAAGAACUAUAGUUGAAUUUCUGGGACAAAUGGCUUACCCUCCGCGGGAAAUGCUCGAACAAAGCGGAAGUAACGAGGAAGAAGGAUCAUGA